GACAGUGGGAAGGGUGGGGGUGAGGCUCGAGUGGGACAAAUGGCCGGAGCCACCCACGAGAGACCGGAGCUGAUAAAGGCCAAGAUCAACCUUCACUACGAUGCUGAUGUACCAAUCGUGGUCGCUGUUGCCAACACGUCUGUAGGAACGAGGAAACGUGUGCUGACAGCCAUACAGGACUUCAGACAUAAAACUCUCUACGUCCUUGAAGAUGGAGGCUGCAAGGUCAAACCUCUUCGAGAACCGUUCAUGGAACUCUGUUCACCGAAGGGGCAGGACGGGACGUUCAUGUGGCUAGGGUUCGGCAACACCGCCUACCCUGCCCUGGAAUACGUGUACACCUUCAAGCAGCAGACGGUGGACACCCGUGGGACCAUGUGCGCCGUCUGGACACAGGACUCAUGCUCCCCUGUGUCCGAGUCCUUCUAUGGAACAUUCAUAGGAAACCCCCAGGUGUACACCUUCUCCUACUCCGACAUCAACAAGGGAAUCAGAGACCCCUCCAUCUUCCACAUCCCCAAGAUGUGUCGUGAAGCGAACAUGACCAUGACGGACACCAUGCCCCAUGACAACAUCCCUCUGACGUCCGCUCAGUAUUUCAAAGUAUGAAGCACCUGAUCCAGUGUGUUUGUGUGUGAGAGGUAAACCAGUUCACCAUAUGUACAUGAAUGUGUGUCACUGUAACAUUUGUGCAAAAUAUUAUCAGGCAUAUUUUUGUGUACAUCCAUAUGUGUUCUGUAUUAUUAUAAUAUGUUACAGUCAGAUUGUGAAAUGACUAAAAAAUUCAAUCAUUUCGUGAAAUGACUAAGGGAAUCAGUCAUUUCGCUAUUGGCUAUAUAAAUAGGUUUGGACAUUUCCAUCAAAUUUGAUGUAAAUGUGCUUGAUAACGAUUGCCAAUGGUCGUGACGGACGAAACAAAUCGCCAGAACUCAUUUUGUGGCCCCGACUCUCAGAAACACGAAACACAUGUCUCAGUCGGAUACAUGGGAAAGAUCGUAUGAAAAAUCAGUAUGCACGGCCUGUCCAACACCUCAAUAUCACUGCACAUAAAGUCACACAGAGAGAAUGCCAAGGUUAACCCAGGAAGAAAAAGAACGGGCAGUAGGGAUAGUUUUUGAAUGGCUGACCCUCUUAGUUAUUUCUCGAAAUGACUGAAAUUCUUAUUCAUUUCACGAAAUGACUGAUUUCACAAUCUGACUGUAACAAAUACACUACAAUGUACUCUGCCAUCAGAUUUAUGUAUGUUGUAAAGAUAACCAGAAAUAAAGUAAAGAUACUAUUUUA